UGUCAGUGCGAUCACACAUCCGCUAGCAACUCGACAAAUAAAUCGAAAUGUUUUUGUAAAAAAACGUGAAUUUUUUAGACAUUUUUUUUUUGUAUAAGUUAUUUGUUGAAAAAAAAAACAUUGUACUCUUUGUUACUGUGACAAAAUGGUGAAUAAGGUUUACAAGAUAACUUCCGAAAAAACCGUUAAGCAGGGAAGCAAACACAAUCAAGUCCUGAUGUCUAUUUUCGUGUGUUUGCCAAUACUUACUUAUGGCACAGCUAUGGGCUGGAUAUCACCGAAUAAGAAACUCCUCAUGGGGAAAGAUUCUCCAUCGAAUCCACCAUUGACGGAAGACGACAUAUCAUGGAUGGCUUCCAUUAUGUUUAUAUUCGCCCCCAUAGCUGUCUUCAUGUACGGAACAGCGGCUGAUAGGUUUGGAAGAAAAAGAGCACUCCUCUGCGCUUCAAUUCCAAUAUCGAUCGGCUGGGCCAUCAAGUUAAUAUCCGCACGUCCUGUAGCCCUGAUAGCCGCACGCGCUCUAAUCGGCUUCGGUUCAGGCGGCGGUUUUGUGGUUUGUCCGCUAUAUGUUAAAGAAAUAAGUGAAGACAGCAUCAGAGGCAUGACAGGAACCUUCGUUAUAUUCUCACAGACGGUUGGGAAUUUACUGAUAUUUGUUCUUGGUGAUCUGCUGCCGUUUCACACGGUCCUUUGGAUACUCCUUGCUGUGCCGUUAGUACACUUCUGCGUGCUCCUCAAGUUACCGGAGACGCCGUCCUAUCUCAUCAAGUGUGGCAAAAAUGAGGAGACAGCCAAAGUAUUAGGCUGGCUGCGAUCACUUCCGCCCACAGAUAAAACAAUCACAGAAGAGAUUGAUAGACUUAAUAUAGAGCAGACAAAAUGUGAACCGAAGUUUUCUCCUAGAUUAUUAUUUUCAGAUAAGACCGCCUUGAAAGCCUUCUGGGUAGCGCUCAUAGUAAACCUCACCAGAGAAUUUUGUGGAUGCAUUGCCGUUUUAGUUUACGCGAGCCACAUCUUCACUGAAGCUGGGAAAGACCAGAAUUCAAGCAUCUCAUUGUCACCCAACAAACAGUCGAUUGUGCUCGCUGCUGUUCAAAUAUUUGGGUCGUUUUUGGCCUGCCAACUCGUUGAUAGGGCUGGAAGAAAGCCGCUUCUAGCGCUAACAAGCGCUCUCGCUGGCUUCAGUCUCUGUGUGCUAGGCGCAUGGUUCUACCUUCAGAGUGUGGGUACAGCGCUGGCCGGCUGGUUACCAAUCGCCGCUUUGUGUACUUGUAUUUUUGCGGACGCUUUGGGAUUACAGCCCUUGCCAUUCGUUAUAAUGACCGAGAUGUUCGGUUUUCAGUUGCGGGGCACAGUGGCAACACUAAUCAUGGCGAUAUCCUUGGGCACUGAUUUCGCGCUUUUAAAACUCUUCGCGCCAUUAAAUUCGUGGAUCGGAUACCACUACACCUUUUGGGGUUUUAGCUUUAUAUGUCUAUCGAACGUGUUCUAUCUCAUAUUCUGCGUGCCGGAAACUAAAAUGAGAUCCCUAGAAGAUAUUUAUGCUGAUUUAGAAGGCAGGAGUAAAACUAACGACAAAAAAGUCGUAAACGAUACCAUAGUUGAAUCUCAACAUGUAUAGUUUCCAACGAACAUAUUUAAAUGAUGCCAUUAACAAAUAAUGUAGUGAUAUAUAAACCAGUCCACAUUUUUUUGUAAUAAGAACUUAAGUAUUAUUGAAUCAAAAUCAAAAUGUCAUUUCAGAUAGUAAACUUAAAAUUUAUUCAUUUGAUAAAAUAAAUAAAUAAAUAUAUAUAUAUAUAUUUACUAUUAAUAAGGCUUGUAAAUAAAUUAGUCUUAGUGUCAUAAUGUUUUACAACAAAAUUUAAUGCUUUUGUGUGAUUCUGUUAUAUGAAUAUUUUUUUAAUGUUCUACAUAAUUUUAUAUAAUUUGAAUAUCUGUUUCUUCAUUGCAUAAUCUUGUAUGUAUGUCGAGUCGCGUUAACUUAAAACUUUCCAUUCGAUUUCUCCUUUUAUUUCUUCGAUAUUCUUCGUUCAAUGUCAACUUCAUUAUCUAGUCACCGCUGUAAGAGAUUAGUACAAGGUACAUAUCUAAUAAUUAUUUUAGUAAAAUGUAUGAAUGCCAUAAACAAAUAUAUGGUUGAAAAUGUUUUGUACAAAUAUAUAAAAAUAAGUAUCGUAUUAGUGUAAAUGUAAAUAAGGUAUUAAAUAAAACUAUAUAAGAUUCAAAGGAUUUACUUAAAAUAAAUAACCGGCCUAGUUUACAAAAGCAUUUUUUUUUCGAUUUUUAAUAAGUUUUUUUUUUUCUUUAUAAAAUAUUUAAAAACUCAGUGACAACUUUAUUUUCAGCUGAAAACUGUGACUCUUUAAUGACGUGAUUCUUAUAUAAGACUAGUCGAGGACAGAUUUACAUAUAAAGAUAUUGUUUUAGAAUAUUCUUACCAAACUCAUUCGUUAACAAAAAAAAAAAACAAUAUUAGGGAUGGGAAAAUUUAGGAAACCUAACAUCUGUGUUCCCAGUCUCAAAAAAUACAACACAUCAUACCCUUAUUCUUAGCAUACUCAUAUAUUUUUUAUUUUGGCAACACCAUUAUUUAAAUUUUAACACAAAAAAGCUAAACGUAAACGUCCUUUCAAAACAUAAUUAACAUAACGUAUCCUUAAUGGAUCUAAAGAAAAACUAUCGUAGAUUCUUAAUUAAAAAUAACCCACUUAAUAUGUAAAUAAUUUUAUUACGAUAAGUCUUACAAAAAAAUUUUUAAGUAUACAAGUCUUAAAAUAUGACUCGACAGUUAUAUACGAACAGGAAAACCAGUGGAUUUAUGUUUAGCGUGACAUUAGAGAGAAAAUAAAUAUAUAGAAAAAAAAAAAAGUAUUGAGUAAUGUAUUUAUAGCAUAACUUCGAUAGUCCGAUACUUAAUCACCUACCUAACCCCGGACAGGGCACAGCCGUGGCUUAGAAUAGCU